AUGCACCACCACCGGAGGAAGUCUGGCCACGGGUCUACAAACACCUCUACCACAGACGUGAGGAAAGCCGUCACCGUCUCCGACCUGUCUACCAGGCACAAGUCUACGCGACCUGCAAUGACACGGAGGACAACCCCCCACAAGCUGGGCAAGAACCUUCGGGAGAGGGAGCGAGACAUGGACGACGAGUACUGGCUGUCCGUCGAGCACGAAAGAGAGAGUUUCCCGCAGUUCUGUAUGACCUGCGAGAAGCAGUUUGUCCCUCAAGAUGAGAAGUUCCUAUACUGCUCUGAAUCUUGUCGCGCCAGGGACCACAACAAUGUGUCGGUCUCAAGCAUGACACCUAGGAGUCACGGUCACAGUGGCCGUUCCAGUCACAACUACCCCUUCUACGCUGCAGGCACACCUGAGCCCAAGGAUAUCAUCCCCAGGGCGUCACCUUCCAGACCCAACUCUCUGCACCUCUCGCCUCCGACGUCGCCCACCUCCACCAGCCAUCACACGUCAGCCAUCUCCGCGCUUAGGUCGCUGUCCAUCCGAGAAACGAGUCCUCCCACACCGCCUGGAUCUUACCCCAGCGGCGUCUGGCCUUUCACUUCGCGCAGCACCGCAACGAGCCCCAGCACGUCCUAUGGCACGCGUCCUACCUCAAUGUACUCUACGUACGACAACUACGGCUACACGAUGGCCUCGCCGGGCACGGCGGACCGACCGUUGCCAUCUCGCCGUCCUGGCGGGUACUCGCGACCGAAGAGCAUCGAGCUUGUGACGCCCAUGACCAGCCGGUGA